AUGAUGCUAUCAGUGACCGAGCAGCUGUAUCUGAUUGAUUCACUGAAGGCGAUACCACCGAUUCGCGCAGACGGGCGGGCGGCAGCGCAGUUCCGCCCCUUGGAUGUGGCGGUUGAUUUCUUACCUAACUCAAACGGGUCUGCGCGGAUAAUUACCAGCGACGGGAGCGAGGCGCUGGUGAGCGUCAAGAGCAAGGUGGUGGACCACACGGUGACGUCGGAGCUGAUCGUGGUGGAUGUGGACAUUACGGGACAACGCGAGGACUCGCCGGAGGUGAGCAGCAUGGCGUCCCUUGUGCGGCGGAUCCUGGCGGCGAACGUGGAUGCGGGGGCGUUGCGGCUGACGAAGAAGUACAGUUUCCAGCUGAGCGUGGACGUGCUGGUACUGUGCAGCCAGUCGUACCCGGUGUCGCUGAUAUCGUUUUCUAUUUACGCCGCGCUCAAGACGACGCAGCUGCCGAAGCUGGUAUCGGGCUACGACGACCUGGAGGUGGAGGAGCUGCCGCUGUUCCACGACCACGACCUGGAGCCGCUUGCGGUGGAGGUGCCGCUGCUAUUCACGGUCGCGGUGGUGGGCGACAACGUUCUCGUGGAUCCGUCGGCCGAGGAGGCGGGCGUAUCGAGUGCGGGACUGCUGUUGACGUGGCACGGCGGGCGGGUUGCAGCGCCGCUGCGCAGCAUCGGGAUAAGCGAGCACUUCUGCAGCGGCUUCCAAAUAGCGCACCUCCUGAAGGCAAUCGAGCUGGUUAAGGCACACGCUCCGGCUGUUGCUAGGGCGCUCUAUAACUUAUAA